AUGCCACCCAAGAGAGUGGCAAUCAUAGGCGCUGGCGCAGCUGGCAUGUCAUGCGCCUCUACCUUGGCUAAACAUCCGGAAUUUGCAGUGACUCUCAUCGACAUUGAGUCGUAUACUGGCGGUCAAGCAACUUCGAUCCCACUGAAUGAAUCCACACAUGGAGCGAGUUGGUUAAAUGAUGGCGUUCAGGGGGGAUCACAAAUAUUCCGACACACAUUUCAAUUCUUUCGUCAAUACGGGCAUGAACCUCAACCAGUCAAACUCCAAGUUGCUUUUGGCAAAGGCAAGGACUUUUGGACCAAUGUCUUCCCGAGCCCUCUGGUCGAUGAGCACUCGGCAGAAAUAAAAAAGCUCUCCUGGGUUCUAUCUUGUAUCAAGUAUUUGAUGCCCAUUCUUGGAAUCAUGCCGGUGAAGGUUAUCUUGCGAUUGUUUCGCUUCAGCGAUGAUUUCAGCAACAAAAUGGUCUUGCCCCUUCUGGCCUUAUUCUUGGGUACCGGGAAUCAAACGCCGAACGUGUCCAGCGUUCUGUUGGAACGUCUAUUCAACGACCCUCAGAUGAAGCUCUGGGAGUAUGACCCAGACACACUGUUACCAAACCUACCUAUUAUGUAUACAUUCCCGAACUUGAGCGACUUCUAUCGUGACUGGACCGAAGACCUGCGCUCCAAGGGUGUUGGAAUUCAUCUCAAUUGCCAUCCCAGAAUUCUGGAGCGAGGAAGAAACGGAGUUACACUGGAGCUUCAGGAUCAUGAUCAGAAUCAGACACCAGGACCUCUAUCAACAGAGAACUUUGAUGACUUGGUGCUAUGCUGUCCUGCAGAUGAAGCAAAGCGUCUCUUGGAUCGGCACGCUACUUGGCGGGAGAAAUAUGUCUUAGGCGGCGUGAAGUUCUACAACGACAUUACCGUUACCCAUUCUGAUUCGGAAUACUUCCAACGAAUUUUUGAAGGGCACUAUGAUCCAAAACUACGUGCCGAGCCCACCACUCAGGCAAGAAAAGAGCACAUCAAAUUCGCCGAGCAGCAGCCACUUAGUCAAAAGGAUGGCUGGUUGGGAUUUCGUCCGAUGUACUAUACUCAUUCCUACGCAUCUGAUCCAGGCAAGAUCGAAAUGGGAUUCAACUGCACUAAUUAUCAGCACCAAUUUCGCGAGAAUAUGGGUGAUAGGGAACGACCACCACUCCCAAGCCAGCAAGUCUUCCAGACAAUCUUCCUGAAUGAUCAAGAGAAAGACCUGUGGACAUGGCAAGACAUUGACCCAUCCAAAGUAAUUGCCCGAAAGUGGUGGCAUCAGUUCGGACACCGAUGGCAACACUAUCUUCGAGUGGUUCCUGGAAUGUCCCUGAUCAACGGCACCAACCGAACAUUAUAUGCAGGUAGUUGGACGAUGGUGAACAUGCACGAGAUCGCGUGCAUAUCCGGUAUUGCAGCAGCGUAUCAGCUCGGUGCCACUUAUGAACCAUUCGACGACUUUGCCGAGGACUCCUUUGCCAAAUAUUUGCUAGUCUGUCAUGCAUCGCGGUACAAGAGAGCAAAGAGAAAACGCACAUGA